CUAUUUAUGAUAAGGAGUUAUGUGUGAGAGUGAGAGAGAGAGAGAGAGAGAGAAAUUUUCUUUUGACUUUUGUGUUGAUUUGUUUCUCAAUAAGAGAAGGAAGGGUCUUGUCUAUUUGAAACAUAAGUAAAUUAAAUCUCUCUCGUUUUCUUAGCUCAAGGUUUUCAAUUCCAAAACUUCUCAUCUUUUUUUUUUAAAAAAAAAUAAUAAUAAUUUUGAGAGUGAGAGAGAGAGAGAAAGAGAGAUGGGUAGAACUCCAUGUUGUGAUAAAGCAAAUGUGAAGAAAGGACCAUGGUCUCCUGAGGAAGAUGCAAAGCUCAAAGAUUACAUUAAAAAACAUGGAACUGGUGGCAAUUGGAUUUCUCUCCCACAAAAAGCUGGUUUAAAGAGAUGUGGGAAAAGUUGUAGACUGAGAUGGUUAAAUUAUCUGAGACCUGAUAUCAAACAUGGAGAUUUUUCUGAGGAAGAAGAUACAAUAAUCUGUAAUCUCUAUACUACCAUUGGAAGCAGAUGGUCAGUAAUUGCAGCACAGUUGCCGGGAAGAACAGACAACGAUAUAAAAAACUAUUGGAACACAAAAUUGAAGAAGAAAUUAACUAGUCUACAUGGGAUGGUGCCUCAAUUUAUUCAACCUUCAUCAACAAAUUCAUCUUCAUCUUCUUCUUCACCAUCUUCAUACUCCAACAAUGGGCCCUUGAUCUCCACCUUAUUAGAACCUAUAUCAUUCUCAUCCAAUCUUCUCCUAAACCCCACCACCACCACCACCACCAACAAUAAUCCUAAUAAUAAUGCUACUCCAUUAUUUAAUCAUCAAGCUGUCUCGCAAGAUCAAAGCUUUAUGAUGAGUACAAUGGUGGGGGGUGAAAAUAAUUAUCAUGUGAAAUUAGGAGAUCGUAGGUUGCUUGUGUUUGGAGGGGAUCAAGGCAGUUGCAGCUCAUCUGAUGCCGAAUACGGGGGCGGAAUUGGAGUCGAGGAGAAGAGAAGAUCGUCGUCGUUAUCGUCAAUGAGUUUUGUAGAGUGGUCUAGAGUUGUGAAUGGAUGGAAUAAUGAGAAGCAAUUAGAAGAUCAAGGGAUGUGGAAUAGUAAUAUGGAAAAUAACUAUAGUACUCCAUUUUUGGAUUAUGGGCUUGAAGAAAUUAAGCAGCUAAUUAGUUCAAGUAAUUGCACCACCAAUGUUCUUUUUUGAUGAAGCUACCACACUCACUCAUGAUCGAAUUGCUUUUGGCUGUUGUGUGUGUGUGUGUGUUUUUGUAAAUGAUACAAGAUUUUUGGGGUUUCCUUUUUUUGUAUUCUAGUUUUCUUUUAGAGAAUGGUGUAAAUAUGUUGGAAGUACAGUUAAUCUAUUGUUAAUAAUCAUGAUCAACACUGAUUUUCUUUUGUA